UGGCCUGUCGCCUCUCGUUGGCCUGGCUUGUAUAGUCUCGCCGCGACGAUAUGGUAUCCGCUAUCGUCAUUCCACGGAAUUUCUAACGCACCUAGUUCAAUUUGUCACAUGCAAACCCUACUACCUCGUGUAAUGUAUCGCUUCGCAGGUUAAUAAACGACUGAAGGCAUAGUGCCGGCAGUUUUUACUUUGAGUAUAUUCAUGUCUAAGGCUGAAGCAAGAACUCUAUGGCAAUCUACGUGCGUCCUUGCGGGUUUACUGACGCUGGUUGGUCUCAAGGGCACAGCGUCGCAGAAGCUAACCCCACGGUUGCACAAAACUAUUGGCUUUGAAUUACGAGAGCUAGUCUUCAGCUGCUACCUUUUCCAAUCUCACCUUCCAAUCUCACCAAGUUAUGCUACUGAUACAUUUCCCGUACCAUGUUGCAUGAUUGUGAAAGACUGAGCAUUGGUUAAACCCCCUGGGAUUUACCGGUGGUUUGUGAUUAAUGCGUUGGCUUACGCGUUCAACUCGUAAGAUAAUUCUUACUCACCUACCCCAAGCGAUGACAGCUUCACUGGCUGGCUAGCGUUCGAUUACGAGGACUCUUCGCAACGUCUCUCGCGAUCACAUUCACUCCGCGGUGUCAGGUACUACAAAUAAAACGUGUCAAAGUCUCCUAAAUCGAGCAUCCCCAGUCGUACAUACUCCGGUUGACUCUGGUGAUU